AUGCCGGUUCUUUCAUCGACUCAAGAUAUCCGCGAACAUAAAAUAAUAUUUCAGUUAGAAUAUAAAGAGCGUAUGGUACCAGAGACCAGAUAUGAUAUGCCUACCGCUGAAGAAUUAAAGACAGAAGGUAAUAAGGCUUUCGCUGAGAAAAAGUUUAAAAAAGCUGCGAAGGUAUACAGAGAUGCAAUAACCUUGGCACCUGAUAGUCCUGUCUUAUACUCUAAUAGGGCAAUAUGUUUUAUUAAACUAGAGGAUUGGGAUAGAGCACUUAAAGACUGCAACGAUGGACUCAGCAAUAAUCCUGAUAUAAAGACUAAGACUAAACUUUUAUUUAGAAAGGGUUUAGCGCAGAAAGGGCUGGGAGAUCGAACUUCUGCGGAAAAGGCUUUCAGUGAAGUUUUAAGGUUAGACUCAAAUAAUUCAGCAGCGUUGACAGAAUUGAAACGACUCAAAGAAACCGUAAUACCAGUUGUAUCAGUCCAACAGCUACCCGAUAAUUAUCAAACAUUAGGCGAUAAACAUAUGACUAUGCAUAGUUCUGAUUUUCAAAAUUCUGAGGACCUUAAUUCUACAGUUAAUGAACUAUUCUCCGGCAAGAAACAUGCCAAAGAAACCGAAAAGCUGAUACAUUUAGAAACGAAAACUUCAGAGGCUGGGUCGAUUAUGAAUACUCUCUUACAUUUGAGUAAUGUUCCUCAAGAGAACAAGUCAGCCGCAUACUCAUACGUGAUAAAUCUCAAUCCUUGUGACAUUGAAGAUAUUUUCAAAGAUUGUUUAGACUCGAGCUUUCUCGCAUUCUACAUGGAAGCCGCUGCGUAUGUGUCUUCACAUAACUCUGUGGUAAGUUGGCCCUCAAAGAUUCUUGAGAUGUUGAAGUCACUUUCUAAAUUUAAGAGGUAUCUGUUGUCUCUUGAUCUCUGCAAUAAAACUGAUAUUGAAAAGCUAGUUUCUAACUUAAAGGCUACAAAUAAUGAUAAUUUACCCUAUAAAUACGAGGCUCUUCUUAGAGUCUAA